AUGUUCAUGCACCCUUUUGGACGCAAAGUUCCCUUCCUCAACAACCAAGACCCCGUCUGUAUUCAGGACGAUCAGUUGCUCCCCGAAUUCCCCCACGAUAUCCCUUCACAGUACGUGGAACCGCAACCGCAUCAGCUCGAGUCGCCCUUCCAGUAUAAUCCGGAUCUGCAAUUCGUCUCUCCGCCCUCCUCCGCUCCCUCCUCUCCCGACUCCUCGCCCAACUCCUCCUUUUCUCACCUUCCCAACUCCACGGCGGUCGAGGGGGAUUAUACGCCCGCCGUGUUCGACGGCAACUGCUUCGAGGCUCCCUCCAUGACACCCGCACCCUCCUACGAAUUCUCCUUUCAGCUGCCAUCCUCCGUCUCCCCCUCCCAGUCUUACCUGCCCCAGUACCCCCAGCAAUACCUCUUUGGCAACAACCCCAUGUUGACGCAACAACCGGUGGCGAACAACUCGGGCUGGGACGGGAACAUGCAACUCCUCAGUCCCGCUCGCAUGCACCAACAACAACAACAUCAACAACAACACAACAACAACAACGUCGCACGCACGCCGCAGCACUCACACUCUCAGAACUCACACUCCCGCGCCACGUCGGCCACGCGGCAGGCCCCCGCUGGCAGUUCCUAUCAGCGGUCCAAGCCCUUGCCGACGCCCGCCCAGACGCCCGUCCAGAACUCCUUCCUGGCGCCCCAAUUUCAGAAUUACGAUCCCUCGUCCUUUGACGCGGGCGCCAAUCACGCCGGGUUGGCCAUGCGUCAGGCCGCAAUCGACCACCAGCAGCAGCAGCAGCAGCAGCAGCAGCACAAGCCUCAACAGCAGGUCCACCACCAGCACCAAUCCAGUGACCACUCUCUGGCCCCCUCGGUCUCGAGUGUGAGUCAUAACUCCCCGGUGACUCCGCAGACCAAGUUGGAGGAGCUGGAUGACUCGUCCAAGGCAUUUGUCAAUGGUGAGACCGAUCCGUCCCCCGAUAUAGAUCACUGGAUGAAUGAGUACUUACGAGCCGACGCACUUUCAGAUUACGCGAACCCCAACAGCGGCAGCAUGUCCGUGGGCGUCCCCAAGCUCAACCGCACCAUCUCCGAUGUCUACCAGGACGAGCUUUACAACCCGACCCUCAUGGUCACCCCCCAGGUGUCCAAGCAGCUGGCCGGCCAGCAGAAUCUGCUGACCCCGCAAUACCGCAAUGUCUUCGCCGAUCGCCUGCAGGCCGCCAACCAGGAUCAUCUCACCUCGCGGUCGCAGUCCCCCGUCGGCAGCAUCAAGCGGGAGAACUCCCCCUUCCGGCAGAACUCGCCCUACUCCGCCGAGUUCACUUCGUCCGGUGUCCCGCGUUCCCAGAUGACCACCAGCGUCCCCGUGCCCCAGCCCGGCCUGACCGUCAGCCAGGGCGUCGCGGAGCCCAAGACCAUGUCGCCCAAGGACGCCCUGCUGGAUUUCCACGAGCCGGACGAUGCGGGAUUGCCGCUCUUCCCCGCGGCCACCCAGUCCGACUUCACCCCCUCUACUCAGGCCGACUUCAACUCCUCCACCCAGGCCGAUUUCAACCUGGGCGAUGCCCUGGGACUCCGGCGGGAGAGCUCUGGCUCCUUCCAGCCGUCCCAGAGCUUCAACUCCAUGGAGUCUUUUCCAACGCAGUACGCGACGCAGCCCGCGACCCCGCAGUAUUCCUUCGUGCAGCAGCAACCGCAGCAGGCGCAGCAGAGUGCUCCCCAGCCGCCCCAGGCCCAGCUGCCGUCCCACCCCCCGUCGACGCAACCCCAGCCCCAGGACGUCCUCCAGCAGACUCCCAACUUCCCCGCGCCGCUGCCGACCUUCGAGACGACGCAGUUCGAGCCGACCGGCAACGACGUGCUGCCCAGCACGGAGACGCCCGAGCAGAUGAUGAUGAUCCACGAGGACAUCUCGCGCCCGGCCAACACGUCGGCGGACAGCGGCACGUACACUUGCACCUACCACGGGUGUACGAUGCGAUUCCCGACGCCCGCCAAACUACAAAAGCACAAGCGGGAGGCCCACCGGCAGACUACGCCCGGCGGCCACCUCGUGGGGCGCGACAGCGCCUCGUGCAACUCGCAGGCCGGCCCCCACAAGUGCGAGCGGAUCAACCCGUCGACCGGAAAGCCAUGCAACUCGAUCUUCUCGCGGCCCUACGAUCUCACGCGCCACGAGGACACGAUCCACAACGCGCGCAAGCAAAAGGUCCGCUGUCAUCUCUGCACGGAGGAGAAAACCUUCUCCCGUAACGAUGCGCUCACGCGACACAUGCGGGUGGUGCAUCCCGAAGUCGAUUGGCCAGGCAAGCAACGACGACGCGGUCGGGAGUGA